AUGGCCCAGCAUCCAGAGCAGGUGGAGCAAACCACGUCGACUUUUACAAUGGUACCUCAGAUGACAUUUAUGGUCUCUUCCUUUGCAGAGGCGAUGUUGAUCCCCGUAACUGUCAGACCUGUGUCACCAAAGCGAGAGAAGAGAUUAGAGGACAAUGCCUCUCGAAUAAAACAGCGAUUAUAUGGUACGACAUGUGCAUGUUACGCUACUGUGAUAUCAAUUUUUUUCGGUCGUAACGAAACACUCCCAAGGGUGUUCAUGUGGAACAUUAAUGGAAAUUUAACCCUGGGAUCAUCGGAUCCGGAGAAUUCCGGCAUGCGAUUUUUCAUCACUUCUUUGAUAUAUAAUACUCGGCCUGCGAACAAGAUGUACAUUCCAGAUGAAUUACCGUUGGAAAAUGUGGGAAUAGGUAUGGAAUGGUACAGUGUACUAGAGAUAUAA